GGAAUAACAGUCGUUAUGGUUGUUUUUGCGUUCCUGGCCCUGCAUAUCCAGGAUGUGUUUUUGUCCAGCGAGAAUGCUUCGAUGACCGAAGUUUUAAUGACUCAAAUGAACUACGUACUCGAAUUGGUCUCACUGGUGAUGUUCUGCGCGGUCGCAUACAUCUCUGCUUUUCUUAAUCGUGCAUCUUAUCUGAAGAUUAUAAAUACGGUAACAACAACUUGGUACGAUACUCCGCCUAACAGAAGAAAUCAAAGUAUCCUUUCUCGUCUACAAUUUCAAGUAAACUUUAUAGCCAUGGGCAGCCUGUUUGCUGUUUUAACAUUGCAACUUGUUGUAAACUUCACCAGGGACAACAGCUUGUGGAAAAUGAUACUCGUCGCUUUGACAUUCGAUUUAACACAAAUAAUACAGUUCGUCACUCUUGCUUUGUACUAUGUACUUGUUAUGUUGGUAGUUGCUUUGUUAACCAACAUAAACGAACAUUGCUUGGAACUUGUAAGAGAUAAGAAAAGUAUAUCUAAUGGUGUGAUUAAGGUGAAAUCAAAGCAAUUUGUUACACUGCGGCAAAUGGAGUUGGCUUACGUUAAAGCGUUUGAAAUAAAAACGUACAUAAAUGAGGCGUUUCAAGGACCGAUUCUCGCUUCUGCAAUACAGUGCUUUCAUUCGAUGGUGAGCGAGGCACAUAUUAUAUACCACGGUGUUGUGGUGGAAAAGAAUCUCACAACACAUGAUGUCAUCAACUGUUCAAUUUGGAUAAUUUAUCAAAUUUUGAAAAUUUAUUUACUAGCGUACGCUGGUAACUUGCUAAAGCUGGAGGCACUGAAAAUUGGUCAAACUCUGCACAACAUUCCAACGGAGAAUCAGGAUUUAAGAUGUUUAUUAGAGAUUCAACAUUUUUCAUCGCUUAUGUCUUACCAACGAAUUGAAAUGACUGUAUACGAGUAUUUUCCACUUGAUGCUACGCUCAUGUAUAAUAUGUUAGCGUCUGCGACGAUGUAUUUAAUAAUUUUAGUUCAAUUCGAUAAAAAAGUAUAA